AUGCAAUUGCGCAAUGUCCUCAGGGACCUCCCUGGUCCCAAGGCUCAGGCAGUUGUUGAGUUGAUGACUGCUUCGUCCACCCCCAUUCCCCGCUCUCUGCUUGCUCGCACAUCAAGCAGGCACAGUGGCACCCCACCUGUGUGUGCAGGCAUUUCCAUCUCGGACUUUCAUAGUCCCUGUUCCGAGGCUGAAACAAUGACUACCUCACUCUCCACCCUACCGCCUCUCUCUUUUUGCACCACACAGCUGCAAAAACAAAGGCGCAAACAACGCAAUUUGUGUCAUCUACGUGUUGUUUCUACAGUGCAAGGUCUCACUGCACCCGGUGCAGCAAAAGAUCCUGAGGCUCCACCCUCAGGCCAUUUUCAUUUGCCUGACUCUCCCCCUCUACACCAUGCACGAGAGGGAGUGGCUUAUGCUGUGAAGGGACAGAGCAAAUGA